AUGUGCAAGAUCGUCCUCCGCCCCGUCAAACUCUGCCGCCUCGCCGUCGCCGGCGACCGCGGCUGCCCGUGCCUCGACGCCGAGACAGGGCGGGUGCGGCCGUACAACGCCGCGAGCUGGGUUCUCGACGCGGUCGAGUGCUGCGGCACGCACUCCGGGCCGUGCCGGACGUGUCCGGCGGUGGACGAGCCGGGCAACUUCCUCGCAGAGAUCGACGUCUCGGGCCUGUGCCGGCGGUGCGUGGAGCGGGUGCAGCAUCCGCUCUGGGCGGUCUGGCGGAGGGGGACCGCGGGGGGGGACUGUUGGGUGGCGGAGAGGCAGAGGAGGUUGUCGUGGCAGUACUGGUGGAGGAGGAGGAGAGAGUGGGAGCGGAGGGGCACGCGACGGCGCACCGUCGCCGGGGGGUUCAGGCUGCGCGGCGGGUACGUGGAGUGA